GAGAGGGAAAGGGGAGGAGGGGUUAAAGACUGGGAGGUAUAGAUUGCAGACGGAGCAGUCCUGGGGUUGGCUGGAUUGUGAUAGCGACAGAUGUCCAGAAAACUGCGUGAGGGGCCACUCCUCCGGUACAGCGCACUGCAUCUCAGAGAGAAGGAGCGAGGGGCGGAAUCUGCAGCUGUCACUCCAGAGGCUCACCUCCAUUAUCACAUCCACCCGGAGAGACUGGACAAGAAGCCCGACUGACUCCCCAACAAAAGGCACAGGAAACACCAUGGGAGGCAAACUGAGCAAGAAGAAGAAAGGAUAUGACGUGAGCGACCCCAAAGAUAAAAAAGAUGAGACUACGGCAAAUGGGGCUGGUGCAGAAGAGUCUGCCAAAGUGGAAGAUGGAGCUCCAUCCACAGGAGCAGAGGGGACUGCUGGGAAAGAUGGCGUGGUAGAGGAAACUGCAGCGUCAGCAGAUGCCACAGUAAACCAGGCUGCGGUGCCUCCAGAAUCUGCACCCGCAGAGGAACAAGCUCCUGCAGCGGAAGAGGAGGCUGCUCCAGAGAGAAAACCAGAAGCAGCCCCAGUGAAAGAAGAGCCAGCUGCUGUGGCAGUGGAAACAACCCCAGCUGUCGAGGAAACAGUUGCAGCAGCAGAGAAAAAAGCACUUGUUGGAGAGGAAAAAGGAGCAUCACCAGAGAAAGCAUCUCCAGUGGGGGAAAUAGCUCCAGAAGAGCCAAAAUCUGCUCCACCAGAGGAACUAGUAGCUACAGAGCAGAAAUUAACAGCAGUGGAAGAACCUCCAGUAGAAAUAGUGGCAGCCGCACAAGAGAAACUAGCUCCCGUGGAAGAAACGACAGCACCGGCUGAAGAAGCACCUUUGGCGGAACCAGAGCCGGUCAUCGCUGCAGAGAAACCGGCAGCUGAACUGGAGGAGCCAGUGGCAGCUGAAACUGCUGCAGCUCCACAAGAGUCUGCUCCUUCAACAUUUGAGGAGCCUGUGCAAGCUGAGCCUGAACCCGUAGAGCCCAAAGUGGAGGAGCCUCCUGUCGCUGCAGAAUCCGUACCAGAAACAGAGGCUGCUCCAGUCAGCACAGCGGCAGCAUCUGAGGGUCAUCAGCCCGAGGCUGUCCACGAGACGGCGACUGAGCCAGAAGCCGGCGUGGAAGAGACGGCGUCCGCUGUUGCGGUGCCCGAACCUGAAUCAGAGGCUGAGCCGACACCAGAGCCAGUGGCAGAGUUAGAAACCCAACCAGAGCAAACUCCAGAGGCAGAGCCUGAGCAAGACACUGCUCAAGCAACAGAGCCAGAAGCUGUGGAAGCACCCACACCAGAACCUGAGCCACAACCAGAAUCAAAAGAGUCAACCGAGCCAGAACCCGAGCAAGACGAAGAAGAGCAGCAAUUAGAGGAAACUGAACCCCAACCAACUUUAACGAUGUCUGACACCGCUGAACCUGAGACUGUUGUAGCAGAAUCAUUCGAGGCUGUGGCAGUGAAUGCCUCUGUUGAAAACAAUCACGCAGAAGAAGAAUCGUUUCCAGCAGAAGGCCCGGGCCCUGAUCAUUCAGCCCAGACCCAAUCUGCAGAGCCUGUACCUGAGAUUGUCAUCUCCCAGUCUGCCUCCGCCAACAACAUGACUGCUGAAUCCGAUAAGGCAGCUGAAGCCUCUUUGGAAGAGGUACCUCCUGGGCCGGAGCCGGAGAUGGAAGGCAAGAUGGAAAACGGAGACUUAGGAAGCCCUUCUUCCACGGAGAACGAGGAAGAAGCAGUUACAGCCGUGAACGGAGACUGCGGCGAUAAUACCGACGCCACGGCCGAACACGCAGAAGAACGUGUCAACGGAAACGAGAAGAUAGAUGAGAGGCCCGUCAAGGAGGAGCAGGGUGAUUUUGAACUGAGAAAGGAGGUGCACCUCUGUGGGGACAUCCAGGAAGUCCCCGACACGGUCUCAGACAUGGUGGAGGGUCUCAGCACUGAGAUCACCCAGGCCGUCUAGAGCGAAGCCCUCUGUUACGUCACUCUGAGUCAGUCAGCUCGCUGGAGUCGCUCGAUGGUGAAGGAGAAUCGUCAAGGAAUCACAGACAGCUACGCUUUCAUGAAACGCUUUAACCACUGAACUGUCUUCAUGAGGAACUCGGGGAAAAAAAAAAAGCUCUUUUUUUUUUCCCUCUUGGGUGGCCUAAAAGGAAACGCAACCACUGGAUAGAGUGACAAACAUGUUGCAAGGGAGAAGGAAAUGAGACAAAAAGUUACAAGGUGGUGAUCUCCGUGCAGACAGACAGUGGAGCUGGGCAGCAUGGCUAAAAAAAAAAAAAAAAAAAAAAAA